AGAAGAAGAAGAAGAAGAAGAAGAAGAAGAAGAAGAAGAAGAAGAAGAAGACGACGACGACGACGACGACGACGACUCUCAAGGAAUGAACAAUGGCCACUGACCAAGAAGUCGAAGCGAUGGAGGAGGAAGAAGAAAAAGACAGACCGCUUUUUUAAAAUAAGCCAUUAAAAAAAAUAAGAAUUUUAACUUGACAGCGCGUUAAAAUUGUGACACUGAACUCCGAUCAAGUCAAUCACAACGAUAAAGCGUGUUGUUGAUUUUUCGUCGAAUUGGCCAGCGAGUCUUCAGCAAGUCUUGUCGUACAGCAACAUCAAAUGUUUUUUUUUGUCAAAACACGAAUGAAACAACGACUCAGAGCUUGUAUGUGGAGUAAAUGUUUCUGAUAUAAGCUAUAAGAUAUAGUUAGCCAGAUAAUAACUUACUUUCACUUGGCCUGUGAGAGGCCCGACAGGCCUAUUGACAAAACCCAUUUCUACACAAACUGCAUUCAUUUUUAAGUGGAUAAACGGGAAAAAUGAAGAUCUUAAUUUGGCUGACAUUGUGUGGAUUCUUCGUACAGGAUGUUCAUACAAACAGCGAGUCGGUGUCAGUGAAGGAGGGAGAUGCAGUUGGUCUACACACUGGUCUUGAAAUAACCCAAAAAAGCUUUCGAAUUAAAUGGUAUUAUAAUGACACUCGCAUCGUUCAUGUUAAUGGAGAUCGCAGUAUUGACUGUACAGAUGUUCAGUGUAAAGUAGUUGCUGAGAAAUUCAAAGACAGACUGAAUCUAAAUCAUCAGACUGGAUCUCUGACCAUCACAAGCACCAGAACCACAGACUCCGGACUUUACAGACUACAGCUCAUUAGCGAGAGUAGCGUGACUGAAAAGAUCUUCAAUGUUACUGUCAUUGGUGCUUCAGGUGUUGAUAAAGACAGAGUGUCAGUGUCAGUGUCUGUGAUGGUGGGAAAUUCAGUCAAUCUGUAUACUGAUGUUAAAAUAAAACAGGAAGACAGAGUUAAAUGGUUUUGUAAUGAUACACGCAUCUCUCAAGUAAUUAGACAUCAGAGUAUGAUUUGUACAGAUGCUCAGUGUGAAGAAAGAUUCAGAGACCGACUGAAGGUGAAUAAUAAGACUGGAUCUCUGACCAUCACAAACAUCACAAGCACAGACUCUGGACUUUAUAAACUACAGAUCAUCAAUGACGACCGCAGCUUAAUUGAAAAGAGCUUUAAUGUUUCUGUCUUUGAUGCUGCUGCUGAAAUGAAGACAAAGUCAGUGAAGGAGGGAGAAUCUGUCACUUUAGAUCCUGGUGUAGGAGGAAAAGCAAAUGAUGUGAUGGCGUGGUACCAUAAUGGCAUUCGCAUUGCUGAAAUCACUGGCAAUCUGAGUAAGAUCUGUCCAGAAGAUCGGUGUGAUGAGAGAUUCAGAGACAGACUGAAGCUGGAUCAUCAGACUGGAUCUUUGACCAUCACAAACACCAGAACCACAGACUCUGGACUCUAUAUGCUAGAGAUCAUCAGAGGUAGCAGCAGCAGCAGCCGUCGCCGUCGCCGCAGCAUCAGCAUCACCAGUGUGAAAAGCUUCAGUGUUUCAGUCAUUGAAUCACGUUUGUCGUCAGGUGCAAUAGCAGGAAUAGUUGUUGCUGUUGUUCUUUUGGCUGUUGUUGCUGUUGUUGCGAUUUGCAAGCGUGAAAAAAUAUAUACACUAGUACGCCAGAACGAGAACCAGUAGAUGAUCCCUAAUCAAACUGAUGUGAAGUCUGAAGUCAAGUGACAAGGUCCUGUUUGAUUUCAGUGGAGAACUGCCAACUGCUGGUGACACAAGCAACAAUGACGUUUGACGGUUGAGUGUCCGGGCCAAGUUGAGAACAUUUAUCGAGAAAGAGAUUUUUCAAGCUGUAGUGGACAGCAUAUUCCAGGGCCAAGUUUAGGUAAAAAAUGCUUGAUUACAGAAUUAUGGAAGUAAAAUUCAAGGUCAUGGAAUGCUGGUUAGGUAGGUUUUGAUGCUUGUUUAAGUUGGUCCUUUGCUGGUUUAUGCUGGUCCUUGACCAGCAACAUGACCAGCUUAAACCAGCUAAGGACCAGCAUAAACCAGCAAAGGAACAGCUUAAACCAGCAUCAAAACAUACCUACCAGCAUAUGCUGUUUUUUUUCACCAGGGUUUACAGCUGUCUGACUCCUCCUCCUGCAUUUGGGCUAUUUUUAUUAUUAUUUUUUUUUUUGCUAUCGAUUUGUAGAUGUCACACAGUCGGAAACUCGCUUAUCUUUCACCAUCAUCUUCGAAGCACAGCAAGACAUAAUUAAUAACGUAGCUCUGACAUAGCAAC